AUGCAAGCGACGGCGCCGCCCGGCCCCACCACGUCCGCACCCGCUCAGAAUAUCAAGCGCUGCAAAAUCGCCAAGAUGCCCGUCUCCCAGAUCCAGGGGCAGAAAGUGUACUAUCAGCACUCGUCGCCCACAGAUACAAAUGGAACCACCAUUGUCCUGAUCCAUGGCUUGGGGUCGUCACACGCCUUCUAUGAGCCAAUCGUUCCUGAACUCAUGAAGCAUGGCUACGCAUGCCUCGCCAUUGAUACUCCAGGGAGUGGUUCCUCGCAACCAGCGAGCAAAGACCGAACCCCCAAGGAGAUUGCGAGUGUCAUCAGCGACCUCCUGAACACCUUGUCUAUCAACAUGUCCAAAAGCAUCGUAGUCGGCCACUCCAUGGGCGGCAUGAUCGCCUCUGAACUGGCAGUGCAGGGUGUUCUCGGCAGCGUCCUGAUCGGACCCGUGCAUCCUUCACCGAAACUGGCCACCGUCUUCAAUCAGCGUAUCGAGACUGUUCAGAAGAACGGCCUGGAGGCUCUGGCAGACACGGUACCCAAGGCUGCGACUGGAUCGCUGUCCACGCCGACGCACCAUGCCUUUAUCCGCGCCCUGAUCCUUUCGCAAACGACCGAGAACUACGCCUCCCUCUGUCGGACGAUUGCGACAGCCUCCGUGCCCGAGUACAGCAAGAUCAACUCACCCGUGCUGGUCAUUGCUGGGGGCGACGACAAGACGAGCCCUCUGGAGGGAUGUCAGACCAUCAUCAACAGGCAUGGCGUCGGUCAUUGGCAUGUCAUCGAGGCACCAGAGCAAAUCGGUCACCUCAUCGUCGACUUUGCCCAUUCUCUCUAG